AUGCGUCGUCUCCCCUUCGUGCCCGCCCGCGACCCGCGCCACCGCGCCGCCGCCCUCGCCCUCUACCGCGCCCUCGUCCGCUCCGCGCGCCGGGUCCCUCUCCCCGAGGACCUCCUCCUCCUCCACCGGCCGGCCGGCGCAACACCGAAACAGAAACAUGCCACCGCCGCCACCGCCGCUGCCACCGCCGUGGUUCCUCCCCGCCUGGGCCCAAUCGCCGAGACGGUGAGGCGGCGCGUCGCCGGCAACCGCGCCUACACCAGCCUGCGCCUCGUCUACGCCUCCAUGGCCGCCGGGUAUCGCUUCCUCGAGGUGCUCGCGCGCGCGCGCGACGUCUCCUCGCCCGAGAAUGCGCAGCUCGUCGCGCACAUCCGCAGCGCUGCGCAGCACCGUGAUAGUGACAGCCAUCCCGCGAAACAGCAGCAGAGUCUUGAAACCGACGCACCAUCCCGAUCCCGACCCCGUCGCCGCGCACCGUUCGUUCCCCAACCCCUCCCCGAGCCGCUCAUCGUCAACGCCGCACCGCCGGGCCACCCGCCCUCGUACGUCUCCUCUUCGCUGCCCCGGCCGCGCGCCUCCCUCGACGCUGCCUCCUCCCUCCUCCCGCGCCGCGUCCCGUCCCUGUGCUCCACCGCCGACGGCCAGCCCUUCCUGCGCAUGGCCAAGCCGCAGCCCCGCGCGCUGAGCCGCAUGGUCGGCCGCAAGGACCGCAUCUUCCAGCGCAGCAUCUACAAGAUUGUCGAGAUUGACGACGAGCUUGUGCCUGCUGCCGUGCUCGAGGACGAGUGGGAUGGGCUUGUCGCCGAGCAGAUGCGCCGCGAAGGCGUCACUGCCCUGGACGUGGACAUCGAGGCGCCCGGCGGAGAGAAGAAUUGGCACGGCAACGGCGCAACAGCCAGGUCCAGGGCGGCGUCGGCGGGAGCGGCAACCUCGUCGUACAGCUGGAGCGUGCAGCUCGCGCGCCUGUGGUGGGAAUGGCGCGUCGAGAAGACCUGGCAGGACUGGACCGCCCGCGGCAUCGCCCUCAGCCGCAUCGUCGAGGAAGAGCGCGCCCUCGCCGAGCUAGAACGUGACAGCGGCGACAAGCACAACAACCGUGCUGCCCUCCCCCGCCGCCCAAAGCCGGACCCGCCAAACACAAAGACCGGACGGACAACCCGCGACGGCGGCAGCAACAGCAGCAGCAACACCACGCGGCCCAACGUCGCCGAGCACCCGGCCCCGCCCCUACCCCUCCUCUCGGCCAUCACCUCCCGCCUCGGACACGGCAGCGCCGCGCAACUCGACGGCAAGGACCCGUUCCUGUCCGCCGCGUGGACCACGCUCGUCGAGGCGGAGCGGCCGCGGCUGAUGAAGUGGCUAGCACGAGGCGCUGCGGGCCGCACAAACAACGGCGACGCGCCCGCAUCUCGGUAG